UAUUCGCUACCGGAGAUUCCACGGCUGUCGUGUGUGUGCGCGCGCGUGUAGAGAGGAAAGACAAAGAAAGAAAGCGCGAAGAUAGACGCGAGAGAGAAGAGAGGGAAGAACACUACGGUUGAUAAGGAGACAUAGAGUGUAAAACAAGUCGCAUCGCCAUGCCACCGUUGUGCGAGCGAGUGCUGCUGCUACUCACCGCAGCUUCACUAUUGCUGGGCAGUGAAGCCACCGGUGAUCGCGCCGUAUCCCUAGAAGUAAACCAGUGGGUGUCGGAGGAGGAUAGUAGCACGGGAAAAACGGGAGAUUCGCCGGGCGCGGGAGACCCGGCGGCGGUGUGUGGAGACGUAUCCUGUGAGCACUUUGGAAAGAGCGAGGAGGACUAUGAAUCAGACCAGAAACUGCUAGAGCUGCUGGUUGAGGCGGAAGCAACGGAGCGCGGAGAUAGCGUUACGGAGGACGCCGUGUCCGACGGUAUGUAUGAAGGAGACAUCGUUCUCGGGAAGAAAGAAUUGAUCCAAAUCCUGGAAGACAUCGGCGGGGGCACGGGCGACGGCACCCGCCGGAAGCGGAAGUUGACCCUGAUGGACCCCCUGUGGCCGGCGGGUCACAUUCACUACAAGUUUCACCCGAGCAUCGAGCACGACACCGAGCACAUGAUCCUGGAUGGGAUGGCGGCUUGGGAGGACCUGACAUGCCUGAAGUUCCACCCUAAAACACACGCCACCACAAACUACAUCGAAUUCGUCUCCGGCAGCGGCUGCUGGUCCUACAUAGGCAUGCAGGGAGGCAGACAGGAGAUCUCUAUUCAGAACGACUGUUGCGACUGGGAAACGCUCAUCGUGCAUGAGAUCGGGCACGCUCUGGGAUUCUGGCACGAGCAGAGCAGAUCGGACCGCGAUAGCUACCUGACCGUAAAGUGGGGCAACAUACGCAGCGACAGGAAGCACAACUUUCACAUGCGUACGUCGAGUGAAGCGACAUCCCUAGGCAUCGCCUACGACUUCAGCAGCGUGAUGCACUACGGAAACCUGGAUUUCUCUAAAAACAAUAAGUUCACCCUACUGGCGCACGAUCCAACCCUACAGCACAGCAUGGGAGACGUAACCUACAGGAAGGGCAUCACCUUCUACGACGCUAAACUCAUCAACAUGGCCUACUGCAGCUCUAGCUGCAACGGACAUGGGAGCGCGCCAUGUGAAAACAGAGGCAUGCAGAAUCCGAACGCCUGCGCAAAAUGCAUAUGUCCCGACGGCCUUCAUGGAGACUACUGCGAGGAUGCCAACCACCCUGUCGGAAACGUCGGCGGACUGACGGGAGGCAAUGUGUUUGUCCACUGCCACAGCUAUGGACACAUCUCAGCAACGCUACCUGGCGGCCAGUCGGGUUUCCCGUACGAAACCAGCGUGACGUGGCUCCUGAUUUCUCCGCCUGGCAGCACGAUCACCAUUCAUAUCAUCACCAUCGAGACAGCGUACUGGGUACACACUAGUAACGGCGUCGCCGCACCCCAGUACGGCUGCCCGGACUGGAUCGAAGUCAGAUACGACGACAUCGGAAGAGGCGGACCAAAGUUCUGCACCAACAACGAAUAUGGAUACCCAACUUUUGAAUCGACGGAAAACAAAGUGCUCAUCGUUGCUCAGACCUGGUUUUCGCCAUACGACUUGCACUUCAGGAUAGACUACGAAGUGCACUGUGGGGGCAGCUGCACGUGUCUCGAGUGGGGGUCAUGGAGCCCGUGUCAUGCCACAGCUCCCGGAUUCUGCGGGUGUCGCCGUGAGCACAGACAUUGCAUGAGCCACGCGGGAUCGUGCAGCGACGCCGAGCUGAUAGAGGAGAGGACUUGCGGACAGAUAGUAGUCGCUUGCGACGGACACACGUGCUGCGACAACUACGUGAUAAUGCACUCCUGCUACGACGUUUUCGUUGGCCACAACACACCGCAGUGCGUGCACUUUUAAUCGAUCGUUAGUUGUUGAAUUGUUUUUUCCCCUUGCGCGGGGAUCUGUUUCUAAAACGAACUUUUGUUUUGUUUACGUUUACGUUGCUUUCCAUUGUUGGAAUGAGUUUGGUUUGGUUGUUGGUUGUGUUCCAUGUAGGAAAUAAAAUCAUAAACUGCA